AUGCAGACGUCAGAGGAAGAGGCAUCAGCUCCACCAGGUCCAGCGUUCGUGCCGCCGACUAGUUCCCCGCAAACCGACUCAGGCAGAGUGGCGACACCAUUACUGGAUAGGGUGCUCGCACCUAACGCGUGCGAAAAUCCGUUUCUGAAGGCCGCUAAAGCGCUGGGCCUCGAGACUGUGCCCGCUGCUACACCGGUGCGCUGCGGCAGCAGUUCGCGUUCGUCAGAAGUAAGCAAUAUGGUUGACGUACAAAAAAACAGCGUGCAAGCCAAAUCGUAUGCUUGUGAGACAUUUUGGUCCCCGAAGAAGCGCAGCUCCCUUGUGCCGGGAAACGGCCAGGACGCUUGUAGCCCUGGCAAUAAGGAAGCCGUUACCGUUGCUGCCAGCGGCCAAAAGUCUUCAACCAGACCUGAACGUGACCAGCUUGGGCCGCGGCGUCCUAGGCUGUGCUUGUCGAGAGCUCGUGAACGCGAAGCACCGCCCUGGAGACCGCCCAAAGUGCUCCAGUCACCAAUGAAGCAGGCUUCCGCGGGCUUGCGGAACGAUUGCAGUGCUAUUUCAACAUGUGAUGCCCUUCCGUCGUCAGCAAAGCUGCAGAACGCGAGAUUAGAGGAACACGCUUUCACCCCGUGGCGGCCGUCUAUAAUCGAAAAUAUACCAGCAGCGAGCAGUGCAUCGAACGGGGGCAUCAGCGGCAUCGAGGAUCCUCAAACGCACAGGGUCGACGCCGAUGCUACCGUCGCUUCGCUUGUAACUGACGCGAGCAUGGAAGACGCUUGGUCCCGUGCCCUGCUUUGGAUUCAGGAUCAGCAGCGCAUCCGAUCAAGCGGCACUGAGGACUCCGAACAAGACGCAAAGAUACAGACGGCAGCCGAAUCGGUUGUCCGUGAAGCAGCAGCGGAGGCAGCGGCACACACGCAGACCACUGAGGGCGGGAUCAAGAGCACAGCUCCUGAUCACGUCGCAACAACAGAUGACACAUGUCGUGCUCUCUGGCCGCUGCAGAAUGUUGCCCUAUAUCAACAAUGGCUCAUGAGCAUACGGGAGCAGUGGCUGGAACGCGUCGGCCAUCGCCAGGAGCAGCUACUCAUGCACACCACAAGCGACACCUCUGGAGGCAGUCCGAAGACUUUUGGCUCACUUGCGAUUGCGCCAAACCCUACGAAAUAUCUUCGCUCUAAUGCGUACCCUGCCGGUGAAGAAGGUGAACGACUCCGUCAAAAACAUCGUCAGGAAAUCGAUGCUCUCGUCCAGGAAGGUCGCGACCGCCUGGAGCAACUCCUCGGAGCCACACAAAAGAGCCUCGCAGCGAUCACCAACGAGCUGCGCAGACAGGAGCACGUGCUGCUCUACGUACGCGUCCAACAUGCGUACGAACGACGCAUCCUGCGGGAACGCGGGACGGUUGCGGACACUACACCCCGCCUCUCUGCCGAGGCGCACGUUCAGCACGCUCUUCGAGAGUGCAUCUACGAAACACAUCCGCGGGUCUUCAGUGUACCGGACGAGUGGGCAUCAUCGCGGAAGCUGCGGGCAGUCCGGCAUGCUCUGGAGGAGCUGGUGCGGUUCAAUCCAGUCGCUAAUGGGAUGCAAGCGCGCAGAGAAUGGGCUCGACGCCAACGACUCGACUCACAGACGCUGGUGAAACCUGCACCACCUACUGCAGCGUCCAGCAAGCCGUUGCCUUUUGAAGCUGCAUUACGCACCUGUAUCGAGGUUCUCGGGGAACACCGUUUCGAGAGGCCUCCACCGACCCUGGAGACACUGGGCGACCACUUGAAGCGCAUCCGCGCAACGCAUCCAGCCAUGUACACGUGGUACCAGGACCUCCACGAUGUAGUUCAGGGCGCGACAUACGGAAACGCUCUCGAAAUGCAUCUUUUCCUUUCGCUCCUUGCAACGUGUUCACCGAAUUCAUCGAUUGCGGCAAAUACGAUCAACGCACUGCUCAAUUAUCGGGCGAUUUCGCAGGUGAGGCGACCGCGCUUCGGCUCUUAUCCCAUGAAUUCAUUGCUGAACUAUUUGGCGGGUUGUCUGGGGGUCCCCAGUGGGAGCAAAGUCACCGCUUUUCUCGAUAACCUGCUUCAUCCGGAUACAUCUCAGCGGAUCACUGUUGAUACACAUAUGCAAAAAGUGCUACUCGGCGGUUCAGGGCGUCUCACGCUCAACGCCAGGGAGUACGAGGCGAUCGAAGCCGUGUUUCGGGCUGCUGCUGAAGCGCUCAACGAACCUUGUCCGUGCCGUCUGCAGUCGUGUUUAUGGACUAUCCAGGCAGGGCCUAUCAGUUACGCUGCCGAACUUGUUCGCUACAGACGCCGUGCGGAGAUUGAACUGCACCUCGCCGAGACCGAGCACGCUGCAGAGCUGGAACGUGAUCCUGAACUGGUGGCACGACUCGGCCAUUUGCUGCUGGAACUUGGCUACUUGAAUGAGUUUGAGCGAGUCAUUGUGGAAGCAAGGUCCGUCUUACGCGUCCAAUGCUUUGUCUAUGUGCCGAUUCGUCGUGAGACGGUACGCGGUAUGCGAGCGCAUAUUGCUAUGAGACUAGCGUUUGCGCGCCGUCAGCGCAGGACCCUCCUACCUCGCGAGCGUGCCGAACUGGCCCUCUUCGAGUCGUCCAUUGCCGCAGCAGAAGCCAGUGGGCACAUAGAGUCCCAGCUGGAGCACUUUGAGGAUCGCAAGCAUGUGGUUGCAGAUCUGCACCGCUACACCCGGCUCGUGCUGCAUGCGUUCCCGUACCUCAUCUCCGUCGCUUUUACAAUACACCCUGCAGCGUGCUCGACAUCGGAUGCGCUUGAAAUGCCGCUUUUGAGAGCUGAAAUGGGUCGCUCUCCGGCUCGUGUACUGUCGUCUCAUGGAAGCAGAGGCAGCGAACGGACGCUGGCCCUGCUUCCACUGCCCGAAGGUCAUUGGGUAGGGCACGGCGCAGACACGAGCGCUGGGCAGCGGUCAAUGCAGGUAGCAGCGCUUUCCCCGAACCAGGCGUCUGGAUUGUCCACUGCUCCGCAUAACGGAUUCUCGACGAUGCAGGCACAGACCGGGCAGGCGGUUGUAGAUGCUGUCAAUGGGGCCCCUGGGUGCGUCGAAGCCGCUACGACCGCUCCCACGACUUCAGCGGGCACCGGAGACAAUGAUGACGCAGACCCUAACGACGAUGACGACGACGUCGAUGAUGAUGAUGAUGAUGGUGAUGAUGAUGAUGAGGACGACGACUGGGACCCCUACUUUGGGACACAUCAGUGGUUCACGGAUGCCCGCCAGCGUUUCGGGAUUCAAACCUUGUGGCACUCAUAG